AUGAAUAAUAUAGCCGAUCUUAAUCUCUGUCUUCCACCAAAAUUACCCCAUACAAUUUGUCUUCAGACGGCUCCGUCACAAACCGAACAUAUUAAUAGAAUUGUAGGAUCACUACUAGGUUUGGCAAUAGGUGAUGCAUUAGGUGCUAGUGUCGAAUUUCGGUCACACAGUUAUUUACAGCAACAUCCAAUUAACACAUUAACUGGUGGUGGUACAUGGGGUCUCGAACGUGGCCAAUGGACAGACGAUACAUCAAUGGCAUUAUGUCUAGCAGCAAGUUUAAUUGUUAAAAAAGACUUUCAGCCGUAUGAUCAAUUGGUCAGAUAUAAAUGGUGGUGGAAGAAUGGUUAUAUGUCUUCUACUGGCAAAUGUUUUGAUAUUGGUAGCUCCACAAAACAGUCAUUAGAAGAGUUUCUACGACGACAAAAUUUAAUACAUCAGUUUCAGAUACUAGAAAAGGACAUUGAUUAUCUUAGUAAAGACUUUCUUCAACAAAAAAAAUUUAAUUACUACUGUAGUGGUGAAGGUGCAGUCGGAAAUGGUGCAUUAAUGAGGCUUGCAUCAGUACCAUUAUUUUUCUUUCGUUCGCCGAUGCAAGCUGUUUAUUAUGCCGGCGAAAGCGCUCGUCUUACACAUGGUGAUACAAUUGCAGUCGAUUGCUGCCGUUAUUAUGCAGCUCUAAUUGUCGCUGCUUUGCGUGGUUAUGAAAAACCUGAAAUAUUAAAUAAUCAAUUUGUUGAAAAACAUUUGCAAUGGUUUGGUGAUCAACCGUUGCAUUCAGAUGUACUUCAAGUGGCUCUCGGUUCUUACAAGAGAGAUGGUCAUAAAGAAGGAAUUGUUGGUGCAGGUCAUUGCCUUAAAGCAAUGGAAGCCGCAUUAUGGGCAUUUUGGUCUGAUCAUGAUCAAUUUCGUGAAGGUGUUUUACUAGCAGUUAACUUGGGUGAUGAUACAGAUACAACAGCAGCCAUUUACGGUCAGUUAGCUGGUGCUCACUACGGAGUCCGUCAAUUACCAAAAGAGUGGGCAGAAAAAAUUUAUGGUGUUCAGUUCAUAAUAUCUAUCGCUGAAUGGUUAGACUACGAAGGAAACAGAUGGUCAACUAAAGGAGAAAGUAAUGGUACACCCAAACCGACAUCUGACGUUAUAUCCCAGAGAAAUACAAUAGCCACCGGAAAUAACAAUAGUAGUACAAAUACUAACCGGCAUAUUACUCGUAAUCAUAGUACACAGCAGAGUAAUCAGGCAGCCACUGCAUAUACUCCCGUCACUAAUUCUAACGCUAAAAUACAGGCACAACUGAUACAACAGUAUGUACCACCAAUAAAGGUAAAACUUGUCGCGAGUAAACUCGUCAGAGAAUAUUAA